CUCUUUCCCUCCCGUCCAUCCCCAUCCCCCUGUCGGCCUGUCCUGUUUCCAAAAGCGCCCGUCGAGGCCGCCGGUGACCCUCACCAUCGGAGCCCUCCCCACGCCAUCGUCGGAGGGAGUUGUCGCCUCGGCUAGGCUAGCGUCGUAUUCGACGCGUUUACGCGCCCCAGCUCCCAGUCUCCCCGCCUCAGUGAUGGAUAGGUGCGAGAUGGAUGAGGGGAGGAGCGGGGAUGGUGCAGUGGCCAAAGGAGGCGUGGCGGCGGCGUCGGGAGUUGUGGGAGAUGGACCUCACUGCUGCCCACUGUGAUGAGCCUCGCCGUCGCCAUCCCAUGGUGCUAUGAUGCCCGUACGAUGGCCGGUCAGGUCCGUAUUGUGUGGUGAGAUCCGCCCGGCGGGGAGCCACACAAGGUCCAAUAUGCACGCGAGGGAACAACAACGUCAGAUGGACUGGCCCGAUGUGAGGGUGACCACGGGCAUCCAGUCGUAUGACACACCGCUCCCAUCGGUGAGGCCAAAUCCCCAUAUUAUUCAUCCAAAGUGGACGAAGUGGCAAGAACUGACAAUUAAUCGAUUUACUGUAUGCACAUGCGUUCAUCUGCUCCUCUGGCCACUUCAUGCCAUGCGUGCGCGCAGUCCUUGCCUCAUUGGUCAUAUUCACGCUCAUGGCGAGCCUCGGUGGCCUGCGGCCGCCGGCGUGCCCGCUCGGCCGCUGCGAGCAGGCGUCGACGGGGCGGAUGGCGGCCAUGUAUGCUGGCAGCACCAAUAUUCAUGUGCCUGAAAAACCUCGGACAGUAAAGACUGAAGUAUGUAAAUAAGGUUUUUCAUAGUGACACUGACAAAGCUUAUGCAUGAGAUGGAACAUCCUUGUACAUUACUUUGCAGGUUUCAAGCCUUUUGAUGGAAGCUUCUGUAUGUGAUGGAAGCUCCUGUAUGUGGGGCCAUUGAUAACACAGCCUUCCCUAUUCUGUUGAGACUCUUCUUUUUUGUAGAUUUUUCUAUUUACUCCAUAGUUCAAAGCUGGUGCUUUUGUGAAUUUAAUUUGAGAGUAUUUGUUGGUUAUGUAACUGAAUUUGGACCUCACAAUCAGCUAUUAAUUUUCUCUCUGGAAAUUUUGAUAGAGAAGAUUAAUAUUCCAAACGUAUUCACAUGAGGUUUUAUGCUCUUUACAGUUCUGCAGCUAUCUCUUCAAGUAUUUUUGUGAUUCAGUUUCAUAGCAUUUAUGCCAUGGCAGCAAGGUGAAGGGUAAAUUCAGAGCCAAGCCAACUACGCUCUUGACCUAUUAUAUUGCUUAAUAUCAUUUACUAUUGCCAUUUGUAUUUUUGUGAUUGGUAGAUAAAAGCUUGCAUAGUUGCACUUAGCGUUUAUAGUACUAUAUAUUCAGCUAAUCGUACAAGAACCAUCUUUGUAGCAGAUCCAGGUUUUUAUGUGUCUCUCUAUACUUAACGGCUAUGUUGUAAGGUUCAGUGGUCAAUUGGAGUUUUAAUUUCGUAGCUGUAGCUCUAAAUAAGGUUUCCUUUGUUAUGCAGUAUAUCCAUAUUAUAAUUAGAGGAGAUGAGUUGUACCGCCUUGCGCAUAAUGCGUUUUAAUUGAAUUGGUUAAAAGAACACAACAACUGUUCACCUUGAUAGAAGUUAAUUUUUUGAAUUCCUUGGGAAAUUGGAGUGGCUCUUGUGCUUGCAGAAACGCUCUUUUGGUGAAUAAUAUACUGUCCUACUGUUACACUAUAUACUAUGUAAAUAUUUUUCUAUUUGCUUAAUUGAUUAAUGGUCUCCAAAACUGGGCCAUAGUAGAUGUCAUUUCUUUGCUUCCCUUUGAACCAAUGUAUAUCCUUGUUAUUUGCUAUGUUUUGUCGUCCCUUCCCUUAUAUGUUUCCAGUGUCUUGCAAAAUUUGUAGCUAGCAAGAAGAUGAUUGAAACAUUGCAGUUUCUUGGUAGGCAGAGAAGACAUGUUCAUGUUGAAUUGACAAGGCCCAGGCUUCAAGUGAGAUCAUUCACUUGAGUUCUCAAUGGUUUAUUCCAAAUUUCCGAGUUCAUUCAUUUCUUCUUUAGCUUAAAAUUCAAGUUCCACUUGUGUAUUGAGUUAGCCACUCAUUUCCAUGGAGCAGCUUGGAUUUUAUUCACCUACAUGCUUCGUUAAAAAUAUGAUUUAUGCUAGAGAUUGGGCUCUGUUUUCAGUACUAACCACGUUCAGUAAAUCUGA